AAAACGAGUGGCAACUAUGAUUAUAACAGAGAGAUUCAUGCUUUAUGUCUAUAACUUUAUGGACCUUACUCUGUCUUAAUCGCCACAUGUACAAAUGAUUCACAUGUUUUGGUUUCUGACAGAUCUGUGAUAUUUCCAAGACAUUAUAGAUGUUUUUAUUUUAAUCUGAUAAAAACAAUAACAAAAAACAAGGAGAAGCUGAUGAUGAGUGAAUAUGCAAGGCGGCAUGGGGAAAGAAAUAAUGUGUUCUUCACUUUUAUUUUUGUUUUAUAUGUACCUUUAAUAAUAUAUAAUCUAAUAUAUAUAUAUAUAUAUCAUAUUAUUACUGACAUCAUUCCAGUGAAUAACGCUUGCAAUGAGCUUAUUCUCGGUUAAUACAGAGCUCACAUGAAAAUGGAGAAAGCAUUAGUCAAGCUUAGUAUUUAAAAAGGAAACAGAGGAUGAUGAAUCUUUGAAGCAGCCCUCGAAUUACAAUUUCGAAAGAAGGAUCUCAACAUGUGGAUGCUUAAAGAAUUUUUUAUGUUCCAAUAUAUAUGAUGUAUCAUAUUUUUAGGUAAAUUUUUAUUUCAACAAAAAUGUGUAAUUAGUCAUAUCUUAUAGUUAUUUUUUAAUUGUUGAACACUUUUUAAUUUAAAGUUUUAGUGAUAAUUUUUAGAUAAAAAGUAACUUCUAUAAACAUGUGUGUUUUAGCUUAAAACAUCUUAACGGACGAAUAUAUGAAAAUACGUUAGACUCACAAUUACAGCGAUGAAGACAUUGAGGAGACAAGAGAGCAGUAAAACAAAAUUAUCUAGUCUGCGUUUAUAAGAAUUGCAAAAAGUAAAGAGACAAACGUCAAUAACGAAAGGUUUACGUUCGCGGAGUACUCUGAAAUCAACAUUUAACUAAAGAAAGAGAGAAAGAAAGACAAAGUAAAAUGCUUUUGGGCUCUUCAACGUUUUGCCACCACCACCUCCCAGCUUAGGACCUUCCUUGGCAGCAGCCUUGGGGAUAUUAGCCUGAAUCUUCUGUUGCUUAGAAGCAAAUUCAGCCUUCUUUGCCUUCUUCUCAUCCUUUGUCUUCUUUAUUCUUUCCUUAAUAUCACUGUAAGGAUCAUCACAAUUCAUUUGAGUCAAUCAAAUAUUUUCUGAAAUCUAAGAGUAUGUUUUAAUAGAAAGAAUCAAAACUAACUGUAAGGGCAGUUUCUCUUGCUGCAUCACGAACUUCAGGCUUCUCAGCUCUCUUCUUCUGAAUCACUUCUAGGGCCAGUCUCGAGCGAGGGAAGCGAUCGUUUAGGGUGUCAUAUUUUAAGCGAAAAUUUUAGUUGUAUAUAGAGCAUAAAAAAUUUUACAUGAAUAACAAAGGCAUAAAAUUUUAAAUGAGUUUAGGGUGUCAAGAAAAAAAUUGAAAAUGUUGCACCGGCACUGUUCACUUCCAGGUAGCCCCAAUAAUAGACCUUGAGUAUGGCUUCUUGGUAGCACGUCUCCUCUUCUUCACAGCCUCUUGAGCUGCAUCCUACAAAAGAUUAAUAAUUUUCAAACAGGGUCACUCUCGUAAUUUAAAGCAGGCUCUUACAAAAACAUAAAGAAAAUUUUUCAAUCUACAACACAAAACAGAACCAAACUAAUGGAGUUUAUGUUUCUUGUGCUGCUUUCUGUACGUGGCACGCAGUCCAUGCAAGCUUGGAAGGAAUCAAAACAAACGUGUAUUAUUUCCUUUCUUGACCAAGUAGACCCAUAGUAAUUAAAGGUUAAUUGAAAUCUGGAAUUUGCUAUAGAUUCGAGGGUUAAAUCCAACUAUAACUAAUCAACUACGGGGUUUUGAGCCAAUUUUUUUUUCUUGUUUGUCUAUAUAACAAACGUGUAACAAAAACAAAACCCUAGUUUCAUCUUACAGAGCCACCCCCUCCCUCCCCUCAGAACGAUCUCAAUGAUAAUGUCCGAUCUUCCUCCAGAUUUGGUAGAUGAAAUACUCUGUAGGGUUCCAGCCACCUCUCUAAAACGAUUACGAUCUACUUGCAAACGAUGGAAUGCUUUAUUCAAAGACCGCGUGUUCACCGAGAAGCACUUCCAUAAAGCUCCAAAGCAGUCCUUGGUUUUCGCUUUGAAGUAUGAGGAACCCUACGCGUUGGAGGAAUCUAAUGCUUUCUUAGUGAGCGUCAGUCUCGACGCUCCGUCUCCAUCUAUAGAGAUUAAGGUUGCACUUAGCCUAAUGGAUCCCGCUUCUAGUUCAAAAGAAGUUGGAAUAGACGAGAUUAUUCACUGCGACGGUUUGUUGUUAUGCAUUACCAAUAUGGACGAUAGAAUUGUGGUUUGGAACCCAUGUUCUGGAGAAACAAGAUGGAUCCAAACUGAACCUUACUAUUAUCUGUUUGCUUUAGGUCACGACAACAACAAACUUUGUCAUGCUUACAAAAUUUUGAUGUUUUACAGGCGAAACAACAUUGAUGUGUUUGAAAUUUAUGAGUUGAGCUCUGAUUCAUGGAGGGUUCUUGAUGAUGUCACUCUAGACUGGUCCUUUGAACCAACGUGUGUGUCUUUGGAAGGAAAUUCCUACUGGUAUUCUUCGGAUCAAAAAGACGCCUUCUUGAUUAGUUUUGAUUUUAGGAGAGAGCGGUUUAGAGGUCUAUGUCUUCCUACCUUUCAGAGUCAUGGUCGGAUAUGUCUGUCAGUUGUUAGAGAAGAACAACUCUCAGUGUUACAUAAAUGCUAUAAUACAUCAAAGAUGGAGGUAUGGGUGACCAGUAAAAUUGAUACCGAAGCUGCCUUGUGGACCAAAUCCUUUACAGUGGAUUUACACAAUGAUUUUGAUAAGGUCCCAUUCAGAUUUUUGAUUGACGAGGAGAAGAAAGUGGUGGUGUGUUGUAAUGUCGACAUGAUGGUGUACACGAUUGAUAAAUAUAACGCAGAAUCAUCUUCUGUAGUCUCUUCUACAGUGCUAUCAUGGCAUCCACUCAUUUACAGCUACGUUCCAAGUUUGGUUCAAAUCCAGCAAAGUAGCGGAAAAAGGAAAGAAAGAAACUAAUGGUUGUAGACAUUAAUUUGUCGUUUGAUUAGUUUAAUGACUUUGAUCUGUUAUGCUUCCUUCUUCUCUUUCAUUACACUCAAGUUGAAUCGAUGACAAAAACAACAGCCAGCUUUAUUUAUAAAUCUUUUUUUGUUUUAUGUCUUGUAGAGAAUCAAAGACAAAAUGACUAAUGAUAUGAGAGAGAAAUAGAAGAUAUAAGAAUUGAACAUAUCGAAAACGAAGCAACUUGCUCCAUUUGCAACCAAGUAUAUAUGAUUACUAAGUGAGGUUUAGUUUCUUGAAACUUGCGUCUUUAAUUUUAAGUUGUGAUAUACUUUCUGAGACUGAUCAUUGCACUGCAAGACGUACAAGUACAACGUUGCCAGUUGCCACACAGGGAACUGUGGCUCGUCUAACCCUGACUUGUGUUUUAUGUUUUAGUUCUUUUGUUUCACGAAGUUAAAUAAGUUUGAUAUAUAAAGCUAAUUGUUUGAAUGAAAAGUUUAGUAGAGAGGAAGAAAAUGUUAAGUUUUUGAAAAACAAAAUUUUGAAGAAGAAAGUUUUAUUAUUUUAAUGUUUUUUUCGCUCCAACUUAAUUAUAAAUGAGAGUGAAUAGACGUAUUAUAAUUUAUAGCGUGAUAAGUAUCAUCAGGCAUACUAUCGAAAGAAGAAGAAGUUGUUGAAGAGUAAAGAAGUGGAGGGUGAGACAAGUGGAGAGAGAGAAAUGCCGUUAGAAGAUUUGAAGUGAAGAUAUUGAAAGAUUUGGAGUCAGAAGGAGGGUUUGCUACUCUGGAGUAAAGUAGUAUAAAGAAGAGUCAAAAUUGUAUUUCGUUAUUCAUGCUUUGUUGUAGUUUGUUAUUGACGCCAUGAGUCAUAACUUCUCAGUCGUUAUAAGACUGAUGAACUCAGCUGGAUUCGCCAUGAAAAUCUAGUUGUUUUUAUACUCAAAAGCUUUAUUCCUUUAUUAUCAAUACAAAGAGAGUUUGUUACAUAGAUCUGAGAGUUAUUGGUAGCUAAAAGCCUAAAACCUAUCAUAGUGCUUCUAUAUUACAAAAUAUCCUUAACAUUUAGACCAAAAAAAAAAAUAUUACAAAAUAUCUCUAAUAUUUAUCACAAAUUCUAUAUUAUUUUACCAUAAUAAAUAGAUUUUUAGUCUAGUUACGUAGAUAAUUGUAUGAAAUAUCUGUUAUAAGGAGGUAAGAAAUUGUUCUUAACAAAUUCCUGAACUUGAGUAAAGUUUGGGCUAACAUUUGAUUAUUUGCCGAACAAUGCUUGAUCGUAAUCAACAAUUCUCCACACCUCCUCUUAACCUUCUUUUGGUUACUCCAAGCAAACUUCUAAUCUUGUAAAGUCUUCUUGCUUCAGUGAGUUGGAGAAGACUUGGUGAAGAUUUCGACUGUGAUCAAUCAUCAAAUUUCAAUUUCAAAAGAGCUAAGAUCUAUGAAAGGCUAAGAUGGAUGAUAUACGCUUCACCAAGACCUUAUAGUGCUGAGGACAUUGAGACACAAGAGUAGUGAAAUAAAGUUCAAAGGAACCAAAUUUCUUAAGUCUGAGAUUAUAAGAGUUGCAGAAAGCAAGAAACAAAAGGCAAAAACAAAAUGGUUUACGUUCUGCGAAAUAUUCUGAAAUCAACAUUAACUAAAACAAAGUUGCCCCACUAGCAGAAAACACAGAGUGAGAGAGAGAUGGUUCUUGGUUAGGUUCUUCAGCGUUUGCCACCACCA